UGCUCGUGAUCAUAAUUUUAAGAUUGAAUUAAGUCAUUUUUUCUUCAAACCUUUCCUGGUUGUUCUCCAAGGCACGUCAAGGGAGUGAAAUUGAAAUGAACAUAUGAUGGGUUUCAUAGGGUUGCUGGUCAUCACUGCCGUUUUUAGUGCAGUUUGCCUUAAAAACGCGAAAGGUUCUUUAAUUGUUACUUAUAAUGACGUACAAAAGAAGUGUUAUAAUGAUGACACAAAAGGAGAUGUUGCUCUUCAAUGGACAAUGCUUGUGGACCAUCACGAUAAUCUAAAAAGUCUCAGAUUCUCAACACUGGAAAUAUUGCCAAAAAAAGACAAAAUUCCCGUGGGUAGCAGUAAGCUGGAGGGGUGGAAUAUUAUGAGUUCAUCAAAUUUCUCAUCAACAUCAUUUGGCCAAAUCGUCGAUAUCAGAUGGAACAAUGUUCUGAAAGAGGCUGAAGUGAACCAAAACAAGAAAUACGAAAUUAAAUUGGAGCAUAAUAGAGGCACAAGAUUUGAGCAGCACUUUUCAUUGUUGGCAAGGAAUUCAAUAACCAUUCAAUUGUCCACUAGUUUAAAAACUUACACAAUAAAUGUCGGACAAAAAUUUGACAAAAUUAACAUUACUAACAAUGAUGUCAUAAAGAAUGGCUACAUAACCUGGGUUGACGGCAUUCUUGGCAAAUUCUACCAUACCAAUCCUGAAAUUGUAAACGGUCUGCAAUGGCGUCCUAUAGUGCUUCACAUUGACGAGAAAAACAAAUUGACAUUCACCCUUGCAAAAGACUAUGAAGUCGAGUUUGAAAUAGAAGGAAAUGCUAAUAAACUCUUGUUCUUAGCAAAAGAAAGCAACUCUUUCUACUUUGUGAAGCAUCACAUGUAUGAUAUGCGGGUGGCGCCAGCCACUCAGGAAUACCUCAAAAUGACCAUUGACGGGAGUGGAAAGACUUGUCUGACGGUGACUUAUUUUACACAAAAUAGAGAUAUGAUGCUGGAGCUGAUCGGAGCAAAUGAACAAAAAAUGAAUGUGGUGCUCAAGAAAAGAACAGGGCAGUGGCAAGUGGAGAGAAUUGUUGCACAAUUUGGUGCAGGGAAAGUGCAGAUGAAAAUUCGUGGUCAAUCGAUUGGCGACGACAUUCAAGCGGUUGGAGCGGUCAGAUUGUGUACAGCAGAAAAUGAAUACUUUGUUCAGACCUUGGAGGAUCCGGAGAAGAAGACAAGAGUAGCGUAUUGCAGCGAUCAGGCAAAUUCACUCGGAAAGGUUGAAUUAAAAACUAACAAUGGCGGAAAUAUUUUUGGCACACCCGAACAAAAGACUUUUGAAAAAUUCCUGAAAGAAAUAAAUAUGGAACAAAUUGAAGAACAACCAGGAUGGAGAAUUUGUGGCACAACCAAAUGUUCGUGCUUGAGGGGUUUCCAUGGAACCGACUGCAAAACAAAAUGUGCGGACAAAAGUUACAGUUUUGGUUGCACACAGCCAUGCGGAGAAUGCAUUGAUAACAAAUGCAGCCCCAUCACUGGGAUGUGCUUAAAUACUUUACGCUGCAAUGCCUACUAUAGACCUCCGUCGUGCACUGAAAAACUCCUUGCUUCUAAUGUAGCACCAAAAAUUAAGGGUAUCUAUGCUGCUUACGUGGAAGUAGAUAUUAAAGAUGGGGUGACAACUUUGAAAAAUUCAGAACAGCGUGACAAAAUUGAGAAGCUUCAGUUACUUGCAAAUUGUACAAACACGUGCAAUGCUGGAGUAGUGAAAAUGAACAUUCCAUGGCCCAUAGAAAAGCCAGAAUCGCUUCAAAAGUUGGAAGGCUUGAACUCCAACACAUCGUACAGUAUAAAAUUAUUAGUACUUGAAAGGAAAGUGCAAGACAUAAAUCUUAACUCCAAAGCUGCAUUGUUCUCCACUAAAACAUGCGAGCCUAAUUCGGCUAGAGAAAUAUCAGCACUGUCGAACACAUCCAUUUCUAUAAAAUGGCAAGAAGGUUCAAAAUUUUGCCCACCGCAGGACUACAGAGUGGAGUUGGAAAAAGUAGAAGAAGGAAAACAAUUGGAGACAAUGACGGUCGUUGGAGCAAAGGUUAUAGGAAAUCUAGACGCGCUCACUACAUAUAAAGUAAAGAUAAAAUUGGGAAAUGCAUUCAUCGGGGAUACGGUAACAGUUAAAACACUCGAAGGAGUGCCAGAGGCGCCGGAUAUUGAUGUGAAAAGCGAUUCAGUUGAACUGGAUACAUUUCUUGCUUCAUGGAGGAAACCAAGAAUGAACGGCAAUUUCAAAAACUACGUAGUGCACCUGAAGCACCAUAUGUACCGGGCGUGCGGCAAUGCUAAGUCUGCAAACCCAAAGCUAGACCAAUUCAACACAACGACGGAAACCACCGUUUCCUUUAAUAAUUUAGCUCCAUAUUCUACAUAUCAUUUGAUCGUGUACGCCAACAAUGAAAAACACGAAGGGCAAAAGGCUACAAAAACAAUAAAUACUAGACCAGAGACUGCAAUCAAAGCAGCACCGCGCAUUGACUCUGACGAAACUGAUAGAAGCACCGAAAGCAUUGAUUUACAUUGGCACCCCCCUGACUGCUCAAAGGCUGGAUGUGAAAUUGAUACUAAAUUUAGGGUUAAAUUUUAUAAGUCUCCGGAAGAGAUUAUCAUCAAGGAAGUAAUCCAGACGCACAAUGAAUUUGUCAAUCUGACGAAAGAAACGGUGUACAAUGUGAGCAUUGAGGCUCGGUGCACAAGCACAUCAAAAUGGUUAGAUGACCCAGAACAGCCAAACAUAUUGAUUACAGAAAUCGGAACUGCUACUUUUACUGGGUGGGAAUUGACGGCAAUGAUAUUGGGACCAAUAUUGUUACUGCUGUUGAUCGCUGCGCUGAUUGCAUUUGCCUUUUGGAAGUACAGAAACCGUUUGGCAGGACAAGGCUUGUUUUCGAACAAAAUGGGUACCGCAGAAGAAAAUAUGCAUUUGCGAUACCUGCCGACGCCAAAGAGAAAGGGAGAGCUGGUGGAAAAAGAUCAAUUCGGAAUUUAUAUGCGCAAAGCCAAAUCGAGCGGAUCUUUGAAGAAAGGAUUUGACAUGCUUCCUCGCGGUCAACUGAAGUCGUGGACGGUGGGCACAGCCGCGGCAAACAUGGCCAAGAACAGGUACGCAAAGUUGGCGGCCUACGACCACAGCAGGGUGAUGCUCGGAGAGCAGGCCGACUACAUCAACGCCAACUACAUUUCCGACCACCUGCAGCGGAGAGCAUACAUUGCCACGCAAGGCCCUAUGGAACGCACCACACCGGACUUUUGGCACAUGGUUUGGCAGGAGGAAGUUUCUUGCAUAGUCAUGCUCACGCAGUUGAAAGAAAAGACGGAAAGAUGCCACAAAUAUUGGCCCGAUUUAAAUGAAAAUGCAACCUACAAAGAGUACUUGGUUCAAUCAAUGGAAGAAAAUAAGUUUGCUGACCAUACUGUGCGAAAGUUCCUCCUAACCGGUCGAAUGGGAAGCCGUGAAGUGCAGCAAUUGCAUUACACGGCCUGGCCGCAUCAGGGAGUCCCCUCGGAUAUACAAUCAUUUGCAACCUUCAUGACGAAGGUCCAUAACCAACCGAAAAUGCCUUUGCUAGUUCACUGCAGCGGCGGAACUGGUCGAACGGGCACUGUAAUUUUGAUUGAUUUAUGUCUGCGAAAUUACAUCAAUGCAAAUGCAGUGAAUGUGUGGGCUACCUUAGAAAAAAUGAGAAACGAGCGCAUCAAUGUCGUGGAAACAAAAGAACAAUACGAGUUUGCACACAAUCUGCUGGAGUAUUACUUGGCACAUAACGAUUUAUCUUGGGGGUUUCAGCAAUAGCAUUCAUCAGCCAUAUAAAUAGCGCUAGUGUAUAAAAGCCGGGUUUGAAUGAGUUUAAAAUUGUAAGAUAUUUUUAAUUAGUGACUAUUAUAUUAUGAAAUAUUUGUGUUGAAAUCUGUAUAAUUUAGCCGAUGACGAUAAUAAGCAAUAAUUAAAACACUAUUUAUUAACUACUGCAGGCUUAGCAGAUUUGUUUUUGUUAAAAAUUAUAUCUAUGUAAAAUGAUAAUAUAUUCAAGUAAAAUUUUCAUGUGAUUGUGUAUUGAUUCCCAUAUUAGUAUUUAUUUGUAAAAAUAGAACU